GAAGAGGAGGACCACGACAUUAAAGCUCAAGAUGAGCUUGCCAAAGUACUUACAGACUUAGGUCUUACUACAACUUUUUGGAUUACAAAACUACGAGAUAUUUUGGGUAUCACCAAUGUACAAGCAUUGCAAUAUUGUGGCCCUGAGGAAUUUUAAAUCAUAGAACCACAUUGCCGGCAUUCAUGGGAGAAAAAGGCAUUGUGUAAGUUAGUGAAAAUGUCUGGCAAUGAAGUUAUUUUAAAACAAUCACAACAAUGUGAGCCAAUUGGAAAUAAACAGAAACAAUAUACACCAACAAAGCAGCAUCCAGAACAAAUCCAUCAGAAAAUAUUAACUCGCAGUGAUAAUUCUACCAUAGAGACUGGGACAGAGCAGCGAAUGGAAUUGAAAGGAGCAAAAGAAAACCCAUUGUGUGAUGGCAACCAUUCCAAUGAUAUGGCAAACACUCAUCUAAAGCAGUUAGAUUUAUCAGGCAUUUCAACUUUACGUGGAACAAUAUCACAUAUAAGUCUUUUACAAUAUGCAUCUAAAGGACUUGCUUUGGAGGGGGUGUAUCGAACUGGUCAAAUAAACGAUAUGUUAAAGAAAAGAGGCAAACUCCUAAACAUCCCAAUGUCGUUUGAUCUUGCUGGGCCAGUACAUCAACCGAUGAUAAAGCAACAAGAGUUUUCAUCCUCUGAAGAGGAAAACAUAUUUGAGACAGCAGUGGAAAAAAUGGGAUUCAAUACCAUAACGACAGAAGAAGGUUUCUUACAGGCCUUGAAUGAAGAAAUCACCUCGCGGCAUAGCAAGGCAUUACACACUGAAAAAAAGUAACGAAAAAAUCCCACGGAUACCUGCAUUCAUAGUGUCAAAUACCUGUACUUACCACUUGCCUCAGGAAGUCUGAACUUUGAUCAACUCAAGCUGUCUGAUGAGGCGUUGGAGGAAUUACAAAGCAUUGAAAACACUUUAAAAAACGUCAAUGAGUCUUUUAAAACGCGCGUGCUAAGCAGCAGGUUUGGAAGUUUUUUUGAGAACUUUGGCUCUCAUGCCCAUACAGGCCCUGUCCACUUUGGUGGGAUAUUUAAGUGGAAAGCAUCAGCAGAGGGCAUCAGCUCAGAUGAGGAAAAGGAAGAAAGAAAUAUGCUAUCGGAGGCAGUGGAAAGGUAUUCCACUUCUGCCUACAACAGCAGUGGCUGUGGUGGUGGUGGUGAUAGCAUGAUGGCAUCCGAAUUUACAACGGAAUUUUCCGAAAAAUACAAUGCUACACCUCUUAGUAAGGUGACAAUUUCCGUAGGUACAAUAGGUGGAUCACCUGGCAUUUGUUCUUUUCAACAAUGGAAAACUGACAUUGUCUCGAACACCAAGACGUGGACUGUCAUUGAUCUAGGCACAUCAUUGGUUCCAGUGUGGGACAUUGUCACGUUUAACCACAAGGGUUACUUUAAAAAUACCUUGAUAGCUAGCAGGCUCAAGGAGGCAUACACACUUUUGACAAACCAAAAUCCAAAUUUUGGUCUUGAGGAUAAAUUGGUCUCUGCUAAUGCUAAAGCCAGGUCAGUGAUGCAAGAUAUUAAACAGUGGCAAGAAUCCGACAUGGAAUAUAAUUUAGAAAAGAUACUUGAUUUGAAACAGACGUUAUAUGAUGAAACGAAAAGCAAUUUAAUUUGGAUAAACACCUGUUUGUCUCACCCAGCCGUUCAAUCAUUUUUGUCAAAUCUUGUUACAGCACCUGCCAAAACGGUGAAAAUCAAAAAGCUUAUGCGCUCUAUUAUGGAGACAAACAGUUGUGAAGUUAACAGCUUUCCACAAUUCGCCUCCAUUAUGCAGUGGCUGAAUGAGUAUGAAAGAGUCCCUAAUCAAUUAUCUGACUUUAAAGAUCUUGUGAACAUCUUAACAAAAGCAGAAGAACAUUUAAAAGUUGACUUUUCACCAACUCAUUCAGAAAUACAUGAAAAAAACAAAGAAAUCACACAUUCAUUUAAUUCAUUAUGCCAAUCACUGAGAACAAAACUCAUCGAACAAGAGCUACUCAUCUUUUCAGUCGCUUCUGCUGUUGGCUACUGUGUAAAAGAAAAACGAUUUCAGCAUCCCCAGAAUUACGACAACAUUGAUCAUCUUCAACGUGCACUAGAGUCCGCUUACGGAGAGUACUCAAGACUGAUGGAACAAGACAAAUCCAGAGCUUAG